AUGUUACGAUUCGCAUGUGGUCUGGCUCUAUGUUUCGUUUUAGCUGCAUAUUGCAGUGCUAAAAUACAUUUCAAAGAUGAAUUUUUGGAUGAUACAUGGCGAACAAAAUGGGUCGAUUCUACCUUCAAAGGUAGUGAUCAAGGAAAAUUUGUUCAUUCUGCUGGAAAAUUCUACGGAGAUGCUGAAAAAGACAAAGGUCUAAAAACUUCCCAAGAUGCCAAAUUCUAUGGGAUUUCAGCGAAGUUUGAUUCGUUCAGCAAUGAAAACAAACCCCUUGUUCUCCAGUUUACUGUGAAACAUGAACAGAACAUUGAUUGUGGUGGUGGAUAUGCCAAGCUCUAUAGCAGUGAUCUUGACCAGAAGAAUCUUCAUGGAGACUCUCCUUACUUGAUUAUGUUUGGCCCUGAUAUCUGUGGACCAGGUACCAAGAAAGUACAUGUUAUCUUCAAUUACAAAGGGAAGGUUUUGCUGACCAAGAAAGAUAUCCGUUGCAAGGAUGAUGUCUACACUCACUUGUACACACUGAUUGUGAAGCCAGACAGUACUUAUGAAGUGAGAAUUGAUAAUGAGAAAGUUGAAAGUGGUGAUUUGGAGUCUGAUUGGGAUUUCUUACCACCUAAAAAAAUCAAGGACCCUGAUGCUAAAAAGCCAGAGGACUGGGAUGAUCGUGAAAAGAUGGAUGAUCCUGAUGACAAAAAACCUGAUGAUUGGGACCAACCUGAACACAUUCCUGAUCCUGAUGCUAAGAAGCCUGAUGAUUGGGAUGAUGACAUGGAUGGUGAAUGGGAGCCACCCAUGAUUGAUAACCCUGCCUACAAGGGUGAAUGGAAACCCAAGCAGAUUGACAACCCUAAUUACAAAGGUGAAUGGAUCCAUCCUGAAAUUGAUAACCCUGACUAUUCUCCUGAUGACAAUCUUUACAAAUACACUGACAUUGGUGCUGUUGGUUUUGAUUUGUGGCAAGUAAAAUCUGGAACAAUUUUUGAUAACUUGAUUGUCACUGACAGUGUAGAAGAUGCAGAAGAACAUGCCAAAAAUACCUGGAUGAAGACGAAGGGUCCUGAAAAGAAAAUGAAAGACAAACAAGAGGAGGAAGAAAGGAAAACCCGAGAGGAGGAAGAGAAGAAAAUGAAAGAUGAAGAUGCUGAGAAAAAGGAGGAGGAUGAUGACGAGGAGGAAGAGGAGGAAGAAGAGGAAGAAGCCAAAAAACCAGAACAGGACAGUGAACCUGAUCAUGGUGGAGAACUUUAG